AUGGCAUUUNAUAAUACGUCUGAAGAAACGAAUCCUCAAAUUAACAUUAAUCACAAGUCUCAAUCUUUCGUUGAAUUACAAGCAACCGUCUCUGGAGAGAUUGUAGGUCAUUCUACUGAUUUACAGGAUGUAACUUUGAGUGAAUCGCCUAUUCCAAACAUAUCUAACAGUUGCUUACUAUCAGAAUCAGAAGAAUUAAAUUCAACAGUCAAAGCGGGUGAUUCUUCAGCAAAAUCAUUAAACCAACAGACAUCUAUUUUUAUUGAAGAUCCUUUUUAUUGGGUAGUCAAUAAUCAAAUAAUCGAUGAUAUUUUGAAAUCUGGUUUCAAGCAGAACAUGGAUGCUGAUUUUUCUUUAUCGAAAAGAACGAUAUGCGGCAAGGAUCGAUUCAUGCAAAAAGCAUUUUUUAAAAGAACUCUUCAAAAUAGACAGACUAGUAAACGCGACUGGUUAAUUUACUCCCCUAAAGCGUUAGCAGUUCAUUAUGGCCCAUGCAAACUUUUUGGAAAUCAGUCAGUUUUUACAAACGGAUAUAACGAUUGGAGCAAUAUUUAUCGACUAUUGAAAAAACAUGAAAACUCAAUUGAUCACAAAAAUAACGUAAUUAAAUGCAUUGAAAGAAAUCGUGCUAAUAAUGCAAUAAGUAUACAAUUAGAAAAUCAAAUUAUUGAUAAAAUAGCUUAUUCGCGCGGUGUUUUAAAGCGUAUUGUUGUUGCAAUUAAAUCGUUAGCGUCUCGUGGUCUCGCAUUCCAAGGAAAAGAUGAGCAUUUUGGGUCUGUUCAUGAAGGAAAUUAUAUCAUGAUUUUAGAAGCUAUUGCUGAAUUCGAUCCAUUUUUGAAAAAUCAUAUUAAAAUACACGGAAAUAAGGGUACAGCCGAGGUAAAGCCACCUGAUGGAGUGCACCAGUUGGAUACCAACGUUGAAAGCAGCACCACCGUUUUUGCAUGA